AUGUCGGAGCCCCACAGGGUCCAGUUCACCUCUCUCCCAGGUUCUUUGAAUCCUGCGUUUUUGAAGAAAUCCAGGAAAGAGGAAGUUGGGGGAGCAGAGCAGCAUCAGGACUCGGAGCCAGCCGCGGCUGCUGUUCGAAUCACACUCACCCUCUUUGAGCCGGAUCACAAACGUUGCCCAGAGUUCUUCUACCCAGAGCUGGUGAAGAACUUACGAGGGAAGGUGAAAGGACUUCAGCCCGCAGACAAGAAGAAAGAUCUCUUGGAUCCUUUCAAUGAUGAAGAAAAGGAAAGGCAUAAAGUGGAGGCCCUUGCUAGGAAAUUUGAAGAAAAAUAUGGUGGAAAGAAACGUAGAAAAGACCGAAUACAGGACUUGAUUGAUAUGGGUUAUGGUUAUGAUGAAUCCGAUUCCUUCAUUGAUAACUCUGAGGCGUACGAUGAGCUUGUUCCUGCUUCUUUGACUACAAAGUAUGGAGGAUUUUACAUUAACUCGGGAACCCUGCAGUUUAGACAAGCGUCAGAGUCUGAGGAUGACUUCAUUAAGGAAAAGAAGAAAAAAUCUCCCAAGAAGCGGAAGUUGAAGGAAGGUGGUGAGAAGAUAAAGAAGAAGAAAAAAGAUGACACUUAUGACAAGGAGAAGAAAUCGAAAAAGUCCAAGUUUUCCAAAGCCGGCUUUACAGCCCUCAAUGCCAGUAAGGAGAAGAAGAAAAAAAAGUAUUCUGGGGCUUUGAGUGUUAAAGAGAUGCUGAAGAAAUUCCAAAAGGAGAAAGAGGCUCAGAGAAAGAGGGAUGAAGAGCAUAAGCCCAUAGCAGUGUCAUCAGCGGAAGCUCAGGGCUUGCGGGAAUUGGAAAGUGCCUCCGACCCUUUGCUCUCGCUGUUCGGCUCCGCCUCUGACAACGACUUGCUGCAGGCGGCCACCGCCAUGGACUCGCUGACGGAUUUGGACUUGGAGCAGCUGCUCAGUGAGUCUCCAGAAGGAAGCCCCUUCCGAGAUAUGGAUGAUGAAAGCGAUUCCCUUGGGGUGGGACUGGACCAGGAAUUCAGGCAGCCCUCUUCCCUUCCCGAAGGCCUGCCUGCGCCCCUGGAGAAGCGCGUUAAGGAGCUGGCUCAGGCUGCCAGAGCUGCGGAGGGAGAGAGCAGACAGAAGUUCUUCACCCAGGAUAUUAAUGGCAUCCUCCUAGACAUAGAGGCACAGACCCGGGAGCUGAGCAGCCAGACCCGUUCUGGAGUGUAUGCCUACCUUGCUUCCUUCCUGCCCUGCAGCAAAGACACCUUGGUCAAGCGUGCACGAAAACUGCAUCUGUGUGAGCAGGGUGGGCGUCUGAAGGAACCGCUCCAGAAACUUAAGGAAGCCAUUGGCAGGGCCAUGCCGGAGCAGAUGGCCAAGUACCAGGACGAGUGCCAGGCCCACACACAAGCCAAGGUCGCCAAGAUGCUGGAAGAGGAGAAGGACAAGGAGCAGAGAGAACGGGUCUGUUCUGAUGAGGAGGAAGAUGAGGAGAAGGGGGGCCGGAGGAUAAUGGGACCCCGGAAGAAGUUCCAGUGGAGUGAUGAAAUCAGGGAGCUGCUCUGUCAGGUGGUGAAGAUCAAACUGGAGAGCUUUGACGCGGAGAAGAGCAAGGCCCAGUCCUGGGAGGACUACGUGAAGGCGUUUCUGGAUGCCGAGGUCAAACCUCUCUGGCCCAAAGGCUGGAUGCAGGCCAGGACUCUGUUUAAGGAGAGCAGACGAGGCCAUGGGCACCUGACAUCAGUUCUGGCCAAGAAGAAAGUAAUGGCCUCUUCCAAAAUGAAGGUGAAGGAGUCAUCUGCUAAGCCAGAUAAGAAGGUGUCCGUCUCAUCAGGCCAGAUGGGCAGCCCCCUGGCUUUGCCUUCAGAGCACCUGGGAGGAGGCCUGGGCGUGGGGGCCGCAAACCGGGAGCUCUCAUCCCAGGCCUCUGGCAGCCUUGCUCAUCCUGCUCCUAUCAACCUGGAGGACUCUUUGGAUGGAGACUUGGUCCAUAAUUCCGCCUCCUCGUUGGAGGCAAUGUCCAAGGAACUGGCUGUAUUGAACAGCAGGGCUGGUGGGAGCUCAGAGUUCCCACUGCCCGCACCCGUGAAAGUGCCUGCAGAGAAGGUCGCGGGUGUUCUGUGUCCAGAAGAAAAAAGGAACUUUCCAAAGCCCAGCCCUUCUUCUGCCCCGCCACCCUCUAGCUCUCUGCAGUCACCCCUCAAUUUCCUGGCUGAACAGGCUUUGGCCCUGGGGCAGUCCUCUCAGGAGAAAAAAGCAGAGUGUUCCGGCUACAAAGAGCUGUCCUGUCAGGCUGCUCUCGGCAAGGGCCCGCCGGAAGGGCAGCAGCUGAAAGCCAAGCACCACGGCUUGCCGCGGACGUCUCACGCUCCCCCGGCAGGCACCACCAUGCCCAGCCCCCAGGUCAAGGUCUUUCAUGCCGGCUCGCAGCCGCAGAAGAGCUUCACCCCUCCAGCUCCAUUCGUCAGUAAACUUCAGGGCCCAAAGCCUGGCUCCCCUCAGUGUCACCGAUCCCUCCUGCAGCUUGUCAAGACAGCGACCAAAAGCCAGAGCUUCCAUGCUUCCACGCCAGCCUCCUCAGGGGGCACACCAGCCUCCAGCAGCAGCUCUCAUAAGACCCCAGCUUCAUGCUCUGCUGCCGUGAGCCACCCAGCAAAACCACACUCAGCCAGCUCUUCAGGGCCCGCCUACAAGACCAGUCCCUUCGUGGGCUCUGCCUCCAAACAUGGGGUGUCGUCUGGCAGCCCCUCGUCUGGAGGAACACCGGUCCAGAGCCCUGCUUCUGGGAACCUGCUCCCCGUGGCUCAGCCUCCCUCCACAGGACAGUCUGCCGGCCGACCCAUCCCUGGCCCUGCAGUGAAAAAGCCGCCUGUACCCCAGAAGUUGACCCUGGUGGCCCCUCCUGGUGGUCCCAAUGGAGAUUCUAGUGGGGGAACCCAGGGCGUGGCCAAGUUAUUGACCUCCUCCCUGAAGCCCAGCGCGGUGAGCAGCGUGACAUCGUCUACCUCCCUGCCAAAAGGAGCGAGUGGGGCUGUGCUGUUGACUGGCUCCUCACCCUUGAACCUGCUGUCUUCAUCCUAUAAGGCUGGCAGUCCCAAACUCCCUGGGGCCUUGAACUCGAGCCCCUUGGGGAUUAUCUCCCAGCUCCCCCUCCACGUGAUCUCCUUCAGUGCUGACUCCUCUGCUAAAGCGGGGGUCUCCAAGGAUGCCAUCGUCACCGGCCCUGCCCCUGGGACAUUCCACCACGGCCUCGGCCACAGUCUCCUGGCUGGCGUGCACUCCAGCCCGCCGCGUGCAGCGCCUCUCCCGCACACUGCCGUGUCUGCCCACCUCCCGCAGAGCCUGCCAGAUGCUUCUCAGCUUCAUGGGAAAGGGCCCAGUGUACCGAGGAAAUUGUGA